GUCAAAUGUUGCCUGGCGGUAGUUGGUUCUUUACUGCAACGUUGUAGUUUAAUUAUUUGAAAGUGUGCAAGUAUUUGAAUUUCACACUUUUUUUUUCAAGAAGUGCACAUCUUAAUCGUCAUGUAGACUGUAUCCCACCACUUAUGUCAGGGAAAUGUAUCUAUACUUCCACUUUCUGUUCGUUCCAUUUGUGCACUAAAACAGAAUUGAUAUUUAGUUUGUUUAUCUAAACUUUAUUUCAAAACGCAAAUAUAUUUUGUCAAAAUAAACUUACAUACGUCAUGACUUUUACUCAGGUGUCAUCAUGGAACAAUGUGUAGCUGAUUGUCUUAAGAGUGAUGACUGUGUGAUGAUUGUAUGGUCGGGCGAAGUUCAAGAAGACGUUAUGCGUGGUCUACAAGUGGCUGUUUCUACAUAUGUUAAGAAGCUGCAGUUCGAAAAUCUGGAGAAAUUCAUGGACAUUUCAACUGUAGAUAGUCAGUUUCACGAUUUUUCUGUCAUACUGUGUGGUUGGCCUAACUCGAUAGGCGUAAACAUACUCAAACUUGGCUUGCUAUCAAACCUUUUAUCCUGUUUGCGACCUGGUGGGCGAUUUUUUGGUCGUGACCUAAUUACGGGUGACUGGGAUUCUUUGAAAAAGAACCUAACUCUUUCUGGGUACAUAAAUCCUUACCAGUUGUCAUGUGAAAACCACUUAAUAUUCAGUGCCUCUGUUCCGUCCAAUUAUACGCAGGGUUCUAGUGUCAAACUUCCGUGGGCUAACAGUGAUGUCGAGGCGGCUUGGGAAAAUGUUGAUAAUACAUCUGACGCCAAUGGAAACAUUAUAAAUACAAAUGCACUUUUACAAAAAUCAGAUUUGAAAACUCCUUUGGCUGUCUGUGGCAAAGACCCUGCUACUGAUUCAGAUGGAAAAAAGAAACGGGCUUGUAAAAACUGUACAUGUGGCUUGGCUGAAAUUGAAGCAGCGGAAGAAGUUAAAUCUGACGUCCCAAUAUCGUCCUGUGGAAAUUGUUAUCUCGGGGAUGCUUUCCGAUGUUCUACAUGCCCUUACCGUGGGCUUCCACCAUUUAAGCCUGGCGAAAGAAUUCUAAUACCGGAUGAUGUUUUGAAAGCUGAUUUGUGA